ACCAUUGCUUGGACCAGGAGCUGGGUUGAGUAGGUGGUGAGAAAGGGGCGGAUUCUGCGGAUGUUGUAUAGGAAAAAUACUAAUACUAAUACUAAUGUUAUGCGAAGUUUCAAGAUCAUAAGCACUGAAUGAAGAAACUGCAGGUCAUUACCACACAUCCUCACCAUCUUUUACACAGGUAAAAGUGCACCUGAGUAUUCAACAAAAACAAUUUUCAUCCUCACUAAUGACGAGAAUAGACCAUUUGUCUACAACAGGGGUCUUAAACUCCAACUCCGAAGGGCUGAAUUGUGUGCAGUCCGUUUCAGUCAAGCGUUUCAGCCAAUCAAUGGCUUAAAUUAAGCACUUAGUUGCAGUAACACACCAAAAACACAGGUGCAGUAACUCACCAAAACCAGCACUCUGUAGUCCUCCUUAAUUUAUGUUUGAGAUCCCUGGUCUGCAAAUGAUCGUGCAUCUGUCUCUGUAUCAAGCCUAGAAACAAACACCCCAAGUGUCUCUGCCUCUUGUUUGAAAUCUCAAGACUUUGAGACGGCAUGCAGAUUUAAGUGUGAUAUCUGUGGGGCUAUGGGUCAGAGCAGUGAGUCCAACAACCUGUCUAAAAACAGGUCGGCAUUGCAGCCGCGUGACACAGUAACUGUUAUAGAAAUUGUAUGUGUAUAAAAUAUACAAUGGUAGCCUACUAUAACUGCAUCUUAAAGGUGUUACAUUUAUAGCGGAUGGUUUUAGUUCAGGUCACGCUACAGUGCUUCAGGCCUUUUGUAUACUCAAACACAAUGAAAAAGUGUUCUGAAACUUUUCCUCCUGUCGGCACAAAUAUCAGCUAAGAUCUUAUUUCUGUGGAUAGUUCUGCAGGUUACUCUUUUUUCCAGUGCAACGUUUCUAUUCAGCGCCAUUGUUCCGCUCCGUCCUCUAUCUUCCAGCUGUGUGCGAAUACUGACUGGCGAUUGGUGUUUCCAUUCGCGUCCUGUUGAAACGUCAUUCUUCUUUAGAAAUGGUCAAGAGUUUUUUUUUUCCAGUACCAGGGGGAAAUCUUUAGACGCAACCUGCCAGUUCUGCUUGCUUCCUUGCUUGCUGCUUAGACGAUCUAGGAAACUUGAUGCGUGCAACCGAGGACUAAAUGUGACAUGAGUUUACGUUAAAACGUCAGUGACUUCUGAAGUCGUCUAUAUGUAUUCAUUUUUUAACAGAAAGAAACACUUCAAUUGAUCCUGUUUAACAUUUGCGCGUGCAGUCUUAGAUUAGUAUUAUUCCCGACGGCAGCAUUAUAUUGAACUGCUUCUUGGAUAAUUUUACUGGGGGCAAAAAUUAUGUCAUUCAACCGGGAGCAUAUUCGCCCAAGACUAUGCGUGCUGGAAAAGGGUUCGGAUGGUUACGGUUUCCAUCUUCAUGGAGAGAAGGGGAAAACGGGGCAGUUUAUCCGACUGGUGGAACCCGAUUCCCCGUCUGAAAGUGCGGGUCUGCACGCGGGGGACAGGCUGCUUUUCGUUAACGGAGAGUGCGUGGAGAACGACAGCCAUCAACAACUUGUGUCCAGGAUACGAGCCACUGUUGGCAAAUUGGAGCUCGUCGUAGUCGACGAGGAUACCGAGGAGCUCCUAAAGAAAUGCAACAUGCAGUACCUCAGAGAGUACGCCACUCAGGGCAUCCCGCUGCCCACCCGCGAGCCGAACCACGCGGACGCUGGGAGAAACGGCAGCGCGAGGGAACUGACACCAACUCCGGAGAUUAACGGACCUGUUGCCGGGAAGAAACGGAAUUCUAGGCCCGCCCAGGGAUUUAAGAGUGAGCUGCGGCCUCGGCUCUGUGUUCUGAAGAGGGGAGCUGAGGGCUACGGGUUUAACCUGCACAGUGACAGCUCCAGACCCGGUCAGUACAUCCGCCUGGUCGACCCGGACUCCCCGGCCCAGAGGUCUGGCCUUCGGCCCAAGGACAAAAUCGUGCAGGUGAACGGGGUGCCCGUGGGGAGGAAGCAGCACUCAGAGGUGGUGUCAGCCAUCAAGGCGGGGGGUGACAGGGUGUCCCUGCUGGUGGUGGACCCCGAAACGGACGCCUUCUUCCAGAGCUGUGGGAUCAGUCCCACAGAGGAGCACCUCACAGGAGUGCUCAGAAUUGCUCUGGAAUCUGCGACUGAUCUGCGCCUACCUUUCAGGAGCCCUACCUGUGAUCCGGGAGGUGGAGGAGGAGGUAAAUGUAAAUGGGUCCAAAGAGGAGGCGAAGGAGCCCAGUCUGUCUGUCAGUCUGUCUCCAUCCAGCACCUCCAAUAUCUCAGAGGCGUCAGAGGAGUCGGUUGGAGAGUACUCUCUGGACCUAAGCCUGUCCCUUCAGCAGGCUAAGGAACGUGCUCACCAGAACCGCUCCAGUAAGAGAGCCCCUCAAAUGGACUGGAGCAAGAAGAACGAGCUUUUUAGCAACCUCUAGAUUCCCCCCCCCCCACCACGAACUGUUCACCUACCUCCGGAACACUACCCGUCACAAGCUCUAGGCCCUUGUCUGAAUCAGCGCAUUUGCCUACUGUUGAGUAUAUAAGUUGUAUGCAAGUUUAAUACAACUUGUAUACUCAAUAGUAGGUGAGUGUGCUGAUUUGGUUAUGGGCUAGGAUUCACAGACCCAAACAGGCUGGAGAUGUUCCAGUGUUGUCAAAGUAUUAGUGAAAAGGAAAUAAGAAGUAAAAAGUAAAAGUAAACUAAAACAAAAUAAUGUUCUCCUGUCCCAAAAUAUAUUGACAGCAAACAUUUAAAAACAGUGUUUAAAAGUGAAUAUAAAAUAAAAUUGUAAUAAAUAUAUAUAGAAAUAUAAAUUAAACUAUAUUGAUUAUUUUGUAGAGGUAUAAACAUUUAUUUUACACUACUUAGAAAUCUUUAAACUAUAACUCUUCCUCACUCUCUUUCUAAAAGAUGCCUCAUUUUCUCAUUGUGUGUAAAAUAUGAACCCUGAGCUAUUUAAGAAUGAACUUAUGUGCAUGCAGUAUAUAACAGUACAUCAGUUACACAGCAUUAUCAAUGAGUGUUGGAAUGAAGAUAACUCAUGAGGAAACUCUAGAGGAAGGACAUUUGUCUAGCCAUAUGAAAUAUAAGACUGUUUUGUAAUUAGAAAGUGUGUGUGUGUGUGUGUGUGUGCGUGUGCGCACGCAAGCGUGUUUGUCUACAGGACAAUCUGAACAUCACUGCUGGUCAGAGAAAAUUGUUCCAAUGGAUUGUUGUAUUUUUUGUUCAGUGUUUCUUUAUAUCAGUCAAUCUGCAGUUUACACUUUAUAUGGUUGUAAAAAUGGUCUUUAAAUAUAAUCAAGAUUUAAACAUUUUUCUUACUCUGACCAGUUUUUUAUUUUUAUUUUUUUUGCAAGGGAAAGGAUCUAGGGGUCCAGUAUACACUGUGACCAAAAGGAAGUGCUUAGAUCACUGUUUAGAGUUCAAGGAGUUUUAGCACUUUUAGGCAGAGAUGGAAAGUCCAGGGGUCAGAAAGUAAAAGCCAUGCCAUGUGUUUCCUCCACACAUGAACUCAGCCAGCCGAUUUCACCAAUGAGUUCUACCUCCUGGCUGAAGAAUUGUGCUAAUUAGCAAAUCCAGGUGAUUGGAAGAAAAUACUGGGGAGGACUUUUACUUUCUGAACCUGGAUUUUCCACCUGGGCUUUUGAUGGCUGUGGUUGAAUAUAUGUUGACUGUUUGAGAUCUUUGGACUUGGGUGUUCUCUAAUAUUAUUUCAUAGAUCCAAGGAAUAUCAUAUUUUCACCUUUUUUUUGUGCUUUUUAAUACUGUUAUUGUUUGUCUGUUUUUUCUCUCUACUGUAUGAUAUUUUAGAUCCACUUGAUAUUCCUUAAUGAGUGAAACAUCACUGUGGAAGACAGGAUUAAAUACUUGGACUCUAGUUCGACUGCAAUCACGAUUUUCAUAACUCAUGAAUUGACUUCUAGCCUUCACCAUUUUGUCUUUGUACUGCAGUAUUAGGCAGACUGGAUUAUACACGUGUCUAAAACUGCUAAUUGUACUGUGUGGUAAAAAUAAAAAAUAAACAGUUUAAACAGUCUA